AGUCGGUGUACCAAUUUUAGCAAUCAAUUAUUGUGGAGGAAAGAAAAUACAUGUGGUAGCCCAUGUGUUUGUCAGUCGUACUAUCAACCCAACAUUCACAAAGUUUUCGAGAGCCCCUGAGUGCAAGCAAAAUAUCUAUCGACCAUGGGAGACUCCAGCCUUUGUUCCCAGCACCUCCUAUCCAACCAAGAAACUCUUCCAACCGCCGCAGCCGCAGCAGCCCCUGCCGCCGCCAGCAAAAAUUCCAAGAAAUUAUCGAUCAUCCCCCUGAUCUUCCUCAUCUACUUUGAGGUCUCCGGGGGAGCAUAUGGUGAGGAGGCAGCGGUGGGUGCGGCUGGGCCACUCUGGGCCAUACUCGGUUUCCUUAUUUUCCCUUUCAUAUGGAGCAUACCUGAGGCCUUGAUCACAGCUGAGCUUGCCACAGCCUUCCCUGGUAACGGCGGCUAUGUCAUCUGGGCUCACCAGGCUUUUGGGCCAUUCUGGGGUUCGCUUAUGGGCUCGUGGAAAUUCCUCAGCGGGGUGAUCAACCUGGCCUCGUAUCCAGUUCUAUGUGUUGACUAUCUCAAGUUGGUUAUUCCGCUUUUGUCUUCUGGGGUGCCUCGAUAUGUUGCAAUACUCCUUUCGACUUUGCUUUUAUCUUUCUUGAACUACACAGGCUUGGUUAUAGUUGGUUACACUGCAGUCUGUUUAGGAGUUAUUUCACUUUUACCGUUCAUAAUAUUGACUUUGAUUUCAAUUCCCAAGAUUGAUCCUAAUAGAUGGAUUAGCUUAGGUCAGAAAGGAGUAGAAAAAGAUUGGUCAUUGUUUUUCAAUACCCUUUUUUGGAACCUCAACUUCUGGGACAAUGCCAGUACUUUAGCAGGUGAAGUUGAGCAACCUCAAAAGACAUUCCCGAAAGCACUUUUCUCAGCCGGGUUGCUCACUUGUUUAGCUUACUUGGUGCCUCUUUUAGCUGCUACUGGGGCUAUACCACUAGAGCAAAAGAAUUGGGUUGAUGGUUAUUUUGCUGAUGUAGCUGAAAUCAUUGCAGGAAAAUGGUUAAAGAUCUUUUUUGAAAUUGGUGCAGUUUUAUCAAUUGUUGGACUCUAUGAAGCACAAUUGAGCAGUUGCGUGUAUCAGCUACUUGGAAUGGCUGAUUUAGGACUUUUUCUGCAAUGUUUCUCGGUGAGAUCAAAGUGGUUUAAUACACCUUGGCUGGGAAUUUUGGUCUCAACUCUGAUAACUGUCGCAGUUUCUUAUAUGGAUUUUGCAGACUUAAUUUCUUCAGUUAACUUCUUGUAUAGUUUAGGGAUGUUACUAGAAUUUGCAUCAUUUCUUUGGUUGAGGAGAAAAUUUCCAUCGAUCAAAAGGCCGUUUAAAGUGCCAGUGGAGUUGCCUGCUUUGAUUGUGAUGUGCUUGAUUCCUUCUGGGUUUUUGAUCUAUGUUAUGUCAGUGGCUACUGGAACUGUUUAUUUGAUGAGUUCUAUACUAACUGUUUUUAGCAUUGCUUGGUUCUUUAUGAUGAAGUUCUGCAAAUCCAAGAAAUGGCCUGAGUGCAAUAAUGCUGGAGAAAAUUUGGAUGAGGAGGACUUGGAGUAGGCUGAUUAUCAGGUCUUCUGUGCGCAUUCCUUUACUUAUGUAUAAAAUCAGUUCAAAAAAUAAUUGUGUAUGAAAAUUUGAUUAAAUCUUUGUUGCUUACAAGUGGAGAUAUGUGAAAUGAGAUUGUUAAAAA